GGGGGCGCAGGGCGGCCCGUGGUGCCUCUAGAGGGCAGCAAGGGUGAGAGCAGAGUCUAGUGGUUCUGGUACAAGGCCAGUCCUGGGCCCCAUUUCUAACCAGGUGGUGCCCAAACCCCUAUAGAGAUACUGGUGGCUACAGCUCUGGAUCAGGAGACCGUCAUUCUGUUCCCAGCUCUGCCUGAGGCCUGCUCAGUGACCUUGAGCAAGUCAUUUCCUGGCUCUGUGCCUCAGUUUCCCCACGGGUAGUAUGGAGAGCAUGAUAUUGCCUUCCGUUGUAAAGAGCUUUGAGAUCAACCGGUGGAAAGAUGAAUGUUGGGGUGGCCCACAGCGAGGUGAAUCCCAACACACGGGUGCUGAACAGCCGUGGCAUCUGGCUGGCCUACGUGAUCUCGGUGGGAGUUCUCCAUAUCAUUCUCCUCAGCAUCCCGUUCUUCAGCAUUCCUGUGGUGUGGACCCUCACUAAUGUUAUACACAACCUGGUUAUGUACUGGUUUCUUCACACUGUGAAAGGAACCCCCUUUGAGACGCCGGACCAGGGCAAGGAUCGCCUGCUCACGCACUGGGAACAGAUAGACUAUGGGACGCAGUGCACCUCCUCCCGCAAGUUCCUCAGCAUCUCACCAGUAGUUCUUUACCUCCUCACCAGCUUUUAUACCAAAUACGACCCUGCACAUUUUAUAAUCAACACAACGUCCCUCCUCAGCGUCCUCCUCCCCAAGUUGCCCCAGUUCCAUGGCGUGCGUGUCUUUGGCAUCAACAAAUACUAAGACUCAGCGCUGCCCAGCUGGGUGCAAGGGAAGAGAGGGCCCAUCCCAGCAACCUCUUGCUCUAGCGAAGGAGUAACAAACCCAGCGUGAGAGUGCGGUCCUGAUUGUGAACUAGGGCGGCCAUGCAAGCAAGGGACCAGCCCCUGCCUGAGCCACUUGGAGGGAUUAUUUUGCAAGGGGAUUAAGUUACUCUCCAUAAUAAUCAUCGGUAUUUGGGCUUUAUCUUUUGUUUGGGUAGAGAGAGUUGUGAGGAGGGAGGUAGUCUAAGUGUCGCAUGAGCUACCCUGUCAGGUGUCUACUGCUCAUGUAACUGCGACGUGCCCAGCAGGGGAGAAAUAGCCAGUCUGUGCAUCCUUCCCCUCCUUGUGUUUUAUAAACUUCUACUAGAAUAAAGACGUUUUAGAGACAAGAGUGGUGUUCUUGCAAGGGGGCCCUAGGCUUAGGGAAAUCAGCCAGGGGUGAUGGUAAAGAACAGAAGAUAGUCGCUCAGGGGAGAGGAUCCCACAACCCGCUGCUUGUUCCUUCCCCACCUUGCAGGACAGAGAGGCUUCUUCAAAUCAUAUUUUAAUUUAACAAAAGUGAUGAGAUACACAAUCACCUUAAAAACCUCUAUGCUCAGCCCCCGAACUGAACCGUGACUGCACCCGGCAUCAAACACUCGUAUGACAAUACAGGUCAGGAAGAGGGAUUGAUUGUCCAAGACUGACUUUUCUGCAAAACAUAUGUAAGCAUCUUAAGGCAGCUCUGCUCCACAGCAGCCCAAGCAGAUGCACAUCCAGCCAAUCGGCUUCCCCAAAGCUCCACUAGCGCAAGGAGCUCAGAGGCAGGGCAGAGAGGGAACAUGCCUAUCACUCGGUUUCUGGCUCCUCUGCUGUGAACUGAGUUAGGCAGCCCCGGCAGCAGAGCCGCAGAAGCCACACAAGCUCAGGGGAGAAAAGAACAGAACAAGCUGGUAGGUGUCCUUGGGCGUGGCUGCUCUCCUGUGCUCUGUGCAUGCUCAGCUCAAAGCUGCAGUGGUGAGCCUGUGGCUUCCAGUGUACAGGGAGGGAGGCCCCAACAAAAGAGAGGCUCUGGCAUCUGCCAAAUGCAACAAGCUUUGCUGUAUGCGCCCACGAUGAAAAGAUAAGCUAAGGAGGCUGGCAGCCCAGCCAUAGAGAAACUCUCCCUUAAACAUGAAGGGAUAAGGAGCAGCAAGGUGGCUGUGGCAGCUGCCCAAGAGGAGC